GCACUUCCGGGUGCUCCGGGUGUCGGAUCAACACACUUACUUGCUGGGGUAGGCGACGGGCUCCUAGUUCUGAAGGAACACAAAGCCCCCUCCGCAGCGCCGCACACACUCUCGCCUCGGCAGAGGACAGGAGCAACGACCGGGGGGGGGGGGGCCGCCGCCGCUUCCUCUGACACUACUUGGUUCUUAGCGACACCUAGUGGGCAUUUUAAAAAUCACACCAUUUUCCCAUCGUGGCGGCGAGGCGAGCGGGCGACACACCGCCGCCCGGGAUCUCCUACCACGCAUCCACCCGAAGGCGGAAUGGCGACCCGCUGGGCCAUAUGCGGUGCAGGGCAAAUCAGCCACGACUUCACAGCCGCGCUGAGGACUCUAUCCCCCGGGGACCACGAGGUUGUGGCUGUUGCUGCCAGGAGUCUGCAGCGCGCUCGAGACUUCGCGAAGAAGCACGACGUCCCUCGAGCCUACGGAAGUUACGAGGAACUGGCACGCGACCCUGAUAUUGAUGUGGUGUAUGUUGGGACCAUUCAUCCUCACCAUCUGAGCCCUGGCAAACUCUUCAUCAAGUCGAAGAAAAAUGUGUUGAUCGAGAAGCCCCUAGCCAUGAAUAGAGGGGAGGUGCAGGAGCUUAUCACUGCUGCACAGGAGAACAAUGUAUUUCUCAUGGAGGCAAUUUGGACGCGUUUCUUCCCCGUGUCGGUGGAAAUCCGACAGCUGCUGGGUGAAGGUGAAGUGGGCGAGGUGCAGAUGGUGAGGGCUGACCUGGGGACUCCGCUCACACACAUCCCUCGCCUGGCAGAGAGGGAGCUGGGCGGAGGAGCCCUGCUGAGCCUGGGAGUCUACUGCCUCCAGUUUGUCUUCAUGGUCUUCAAUGGGGAAAGGCCGGAGUCCAUCCAAGCCACAGGGCACUGCAUAGACACAGGUGUUGAUGGGACGGUAGUUUUGGUCCUGAAGUUCUCCGGGAACAGAAUGGCUGUCUGCACUUGCUCCAUCACCAUGAUGCUGACCAACGAUGCCGUGAUCACCGGAACCAAGGGCACCAUUAAGGUACCCCGCCACAUGUGGUGCCCCACCGCCUUGGAGGUGAAUGGGAAGGAGAAGCAGUUCCCCCUCCCAGAUGCGCCGCUGCCGCUAAACUUCACCCACAGCACGGGCCUGGGGUACGAAGCCCAGGAGGUUCGCCAGUGUCUGCUCAAAGGACUCCGGGAGAGUCCCGUGAUGCCGUGGGCACAUUCCAGCCUGUUUGCUGAGGUGAUGGACGAGGCCAGGAGACAGGUGGCUCACAUAUGACCAAGACAACAGCCACUGAGAGGAGCAUCGCAGCCCAAGAGUGUGUACAGUCACACCAACCCUCAGACAGGCGGGUUGUAUGUACUGUGUACUGGUCUCUACCGUGGAUGACUGGGCCUGCGAUCAUGAUGGGACGUCUUGAUGAGGUUUAAACGGCUUCCAUUCUGCAGUCGAACAUGCAUGUCAGUCCUCCUGGCGCCCUGCGCAUCGUAUGGGACCACAGUCAGAAGUGUGUUGGCACCGAUCGGACUUCAAAACAUGUUAAGACUGUUCAGAGAUAAUGGCAAUGGAAAUAUUUUAAUCCAAUUUCAAGUAGCAGCCCCUCAUAUUCAUCAUUAUAACAACUAACUGUGAGCCGUUCUAACUGUUAUGAUAAUCAUUUACAGCUGUAAAAACUAAAUUGCUGUAAUUGUCGCUGUAUUUAAUUGAUCGAGGGAUUAUUCACACUAAAGGUAACCGUGACCUGUCGGUCCGAUGAUGUGACGGCAGUUUUCAGGUAACUCGCGUCUGAAACGGAUUAAGAAUAGGACAGUGCUUACUUUCUCAUUUGUCAUUUACAUUACAUACAAACUCCCGCCAUCUCAAAGCAGAUCACCUGGCUCUUCCUUUUAUUAUUAUUUUUCCCUCCUGCUUUUUUUUUUUUUUUUUUUUGUACUGGACUCUGUUUUUCCAAUCUCGCACUGAUCGAGAGCAAGAGGGGCAAAAACAAUUAAAGUCUGUACAUCUGCCGUAGGUAACGGAGCCCACCAUCUGUUUAACUUGGAUAUGAAGAAAAUUGUAAUUAAACUUACUGGUAACACAGGUGCCGGUGUGUGUUCAGUCAGGUGAACGAAUUCCUGUGGAAAUAUAUUCAUCCCAAGCAACGAGGACAAAAAUAAACAAAUAAAUA